CCUUUAAGCAUGAGGUCGAAAUAUGCCUUUUGCGAGAGAACUGAAUAAUGUUCUGUUUCUUGAGGUGGGAGUGAACUCUCUUCACCGAACUGAGGAUAUUCGUCUGACCAAGAAAGCAAGAACACAGGAUAUUCGCCGCAUUUCUUCCACCAACGAAUAUUCACCCUCACCUUCCCCCUCCUCCACUUAUACUCUCCUCCUCCGCCUCGCUCCCACCUUCCCCCUUCCCCCUCCCGCUCCCCUCCGGCGCCUUCCCGUCUCCGCCCGUCGCGGUGGUUUACCGGCCGUCCCGGGACGUGGCCAUGAAGUUCGGCAAGAGCCUGAGCAACCAGAUGGAGGUGACGUUGCCCGAGUGGCGGGACAAGUUCCUGUCCUACAAGGAGCUCAAGCGGCGGCUGAAGUCGAGCCACCCGAGGCCCGGCGAGAGACCCAUCAAGCGCCCCAGGAGGGCCGACGCCCCGGGGUGUUGGUGCUUGGAUCCCGUGCUGGCGGAGGAGGUCGAGUUCGUGCGGCUGCUGGAGGACGAGCUCGAGAAGUUCAACGCCUUCUUCGUCGAGAAGGAGGAGGAGUACAUUAUCAGACUGAAGGAAUUACAAGAUAGGGUCGCUGAAUCAGAGAAUGUUAGCGCAGAGAUGAUAAAAAUUAGGAAGGAAAUUGUAGACUUCCACGGGGAGAUGGUUUUGUUAGAGAAUUAUAGUGCCCUCAACUAUACAGGACUGGUGAAAAUCCUGAAGAAGUAUGACAAGAGGACAGGAGCUCUCAUUCGCUUGCCCUUCAUACAAAAGGUCUCGCAACAGCCAUUCUUCACCACUGAUCUGCUUUACAAACUUGUGAAAGAGUGCGAGAGCAUGCUCGAUCACCUCUUCCCUAAUAAUGAAACCCCAGAUUCAUCUGAGGUCUCUGAUGCAAGUGAACAGUAUGAUCUGACAGCUUCCACCUCAAAUGGGAGUGGCAAUAUGUUUAAUGCGAACAAAGAACUCAUAGAGAUCAAGCCAAUGGAGAGCUUGUACAUGAAGAGCACUGUGUCAGCAUUAAGGGUUCUGAAGGAAAUCCGCAGUGGAAGCUCGACUGUGAGUGUGUUCUCUUUACCACCCUUGCAGAGUCAGGGAUUCGACGAAACAUGACAUAAAAUCCCUGUUCUUGAGCAAGCUGCCAAAUAGCAGUAACAUUUGUUUGGCAAAUGCAUUGUGUUACACUUCUAUUUUUCCCUUUUUUCCUUGCAUGCAUCAUAGAUGCAUGAUUUAUACACUGACAGUUGUGUAAGAGGAUGCUGAAAUAUAUGGAAAAGUUAUUACAUACC